AUGGCCUCGCAAAUGACUCCUUCGAAGCAGGCUGCCUCCGCGAUUGAGAACUUCAACAUGGAAUCCCCCGUUAAGAAACUUGACUUUGGUGCCGCCAACAAGGAAAACGAGCCUCUGAGCAACACCAAAGAAACCAACGAGCUCAAGACGAAAGCUGUCGAGGAGAUCAAGAAGGACGACUCCAAGGUCUCUGUUGCCCCCGGUAUUAAGGCUGAGGAAGCCGAUGAACCCCUCCUUCAAGAGAACCCCCAGCGUUUUGUUCUCUUCCCCAUCAAGUACCAUGAGAUCUGGCAAAUGUAUAAGAAGGCUGAGGCUUCCUUCUGGACCGCUGAGGAGAUUGAUCUCUCCAAGGAUCUCCACGAUUGGAACAACCGCCUUACUGCUGACGAGCAAUUCUUCAUCUCCCACAUCCUUGCUUUCUUCGCUGCCUCCGAUGGUAUCGUCAACGAGAACCUUGUUGAGCGAUUCAGCGGCGAGGUUCAGAUCCCUGAAGCCCGAUGCUUCUACGGUUUCCAGAUCAUGAUGGAGAACAUCCACUCCGAGACAUACUCCCUCCUCAUCGAUACCUACAUCAAGGAGCCUGCCCAGCGCACCUACCUCUUCAACGCCGUUGACACCAUUCCCUGCAUCAGAAAGAAGGCUGAUUGGGCUAUCCGAUGGAUUCAGGACAAGAACUCUUCCUUUGCCCAACGUCUCGUCGCCUUCGCUGCCGUUGAGGGUAUCUUCUUCAGUGGUGCCUUCGCUUCUAUCUUCUGGCUUAAGAAGCGUGGACUCAUGCCUGGUCUGACUUUCUCCAACGAGCUUAUCUCUCGUGACGAGGGUCUGCACACUGACUUUGCCUGCCUCCUUCACUCUCACCUCAAGGGACGUGCUAGCAAGCAGAUGAUCCAGGACAUCAUCACUGAUGCCGUUACCAUUGAGCAAGAAUUCCUCACUGAGGCUCUCCCUUGUGCUCUGCUCGGCAUGAACUCCAACCUCAUGAAGCAAUACAUUGAGUUCGUUGCUGACCGACUGCUCGUCGCUCUUGGUAACGAGAAGGUCUACAAGGCCACUAACCCCUUCGACUUCAUGGAGAACAUUUCCCUUGGCGGCAAGACCAACUUCUUUGAGAAGCGUGUGGCCGACUACCAGAAAGCCGGUGUUCUCCACAGUGCCAGCAAGAAGGCCGACGAGGAGGAGUCGCCCAAGGGCGAAAACGGCGGCGACUUCACCUUUGACGAUGACUUCUAA